AUGAUGAAAAAGAGUGUUAAACAGAAGCAGGCUGGCAGUUGGCAAUAUUUGUUGCAAGAAACUAUUUGUGUUUUGAAGCAAGAUUCCAGUAUUUUAAGCAAUAAAAAGCAUCUAGAUCUCCUGGACAUAUUACUUGGUGCCAGAGAUGAGAAUGGUGAAGGGAUGACUGACAAGGAGAUUAGGGAUGAAGCAAGCACAUUCCUUUUUGCAGGUCAUGAUACCAGUUCUAAUGCCAUUUCUUGGACGUUGUAUUCUCUGGCCAAACACCCUGUGUAUCAAGAUAAAAUCAGAGAUGAAGUUGAUGAAAUACUUCAUGGGAGAACAAAGGAUGAUAUAUUGUGGCAGGACCUGCCAAAGCUGGAAUACCUCGCACUGGUACUAAAGGAAUCUCUACGCAUGCAUAGCCCUGCAGUGAACAUAGCCAGAGAGACUACCCAGGAGUGGGAGAUAGAUGGACUGAAGGUCCCCCCAGGGGUUUGUAUUGACAUCUGGCCAUGGGCAGUCCACCAUAACCCACAUGUAUGGGAUAAUCAUAUGGAAUUCCAACCUGAAAGAUUUUUACCUGAAAAUAUGGAACACAUGGACCCCUUUGCAUACAUUCCAUUUUCUGCAGGUCCAAGGAAUUGCAUUGGGAAGCACUUUGCUAUGAAUGAACUAAAAGUAAUGGUGGCAAGAAUAAUACACAGAUUUCAUUUGGAGUUGGACCCAGACCAUGACUACACUUACCAACCAGAUGCUGUCUUGAGAACAAAGCAUGGCAUUAAACUGUUUGUGAAAGAGAGGAAAACAUAGUGAGUCUUCUUUUUGGUGCUGAAUGACCAUUGUGAUUUAUCAAGUACUAUCCGUCAAGGACAAUGGUAUGUUCUCGUCUACAUAUUACAUAAAAAAGAAAGAUUAAAGGCACUGACUGGUGGAUGUAUGUUUACAGACAGAUAUUGACCUACACAGGAAUACUAUUUAUUACUUUCCUGACCAGUGUAAACUCCUAAUCAUAAUGAUGAAAAAGAGUGUUAAACAAAAGCAGGCUGGCAGUUAGCAAUAUUUGUUGCAAGAAACUAUUUGUGUUUUGGUACAUAAAUGAUAAGUAAAUAACAUGUAAAUUUCCCAAAGAAUUGGGAAAGGUGGUUAAGUAUUAACAAGUUUAACUCUGAAACAAAUUGAACUUCAGAAAAAUUAGAUAGAAUAUGUGUACUGUGUGAAAUAAAUGGGGCCCUGUGUGUAAAUGCCCCACAAAUGACAGAAAAAAAGGGAAUGUGAAAUGUGAGACAAAAGAUUCAUGUAGUAGACAAUGAACAUGGUGAGAUAGAGAAGAGAAGACCAAAAGGCUCCAUGUAGUAAACAAUGUUUAACAUUAUUUAAAAUGUUUUGAAGUAUUAAUCACUGAAUACACACCUCAUCACUCAUAACUUCCAUCGUUUAUGGAACAUUUAUUUCCAAAUACACAAAAAUACAAAAUCUUCCUGUAUCUUCAUUGUGGUUAUAUAUUUAGCAAGAUUUUUACAUUUUACUGACAAAGCACAGACUUUCAUUUGAUUUUUUCAGCAAUGGCACCCUAUGUGCAAACAUUAGACACCAUUCCCUCAACAAUACUCAAUUAAUUGUGACUAUUCCGUGGCUGUAAUAAAAAGAGACACUUUCAGUGAGUCAAUUUUCUUUAAAUAAGGCAAUGAGGCCAAUGAAGACUUACAAGUCUGGUGAUUUACUUUUUAACUUGUUUAACAUUUUGAACUUAACAUCAUUAACAUCA